CUAGUAAAAAGUCUUAGAUAGCGCCGGAGGUUGCCGAUUAUUGAACCCGGGAAAACACCCAUCGAGGUUGCUCUUAGGACCGUUAGUCUAUGAUAAGGAGAGAGAAAAAAAAGAAGAUAGAUGGAAAUCCAGGUAAUCCGUUCUCACACAUUCCCUUUGAAACAACUACCUAUCUCCACCUAUCCCCACCACCGCACAACCACCGUCAAGGUCCAUGCAGUCUCCGACAACCCACUAAAGCUAAUACAGUCCGGCACCGUGGUGGCAAUCCUCCCAAAAGACGCCUCCGCAGCCAUCAACAACGACGGAUACAAGCUCCUGGACAUCAGGCCAGAAUGGGAGAUAGAAAAGGCACGUGUGUCAGGAGGAAUUCAUGUCCCACUGUUUGUCCAAGACAUGGAUAACAGCCCACUAACACUGCUGAAGAAAUGGGUUCACUUUGGUUAUAUUGGUUUAUGGACUGGUCAGAAUUUCACAACGAUGAAUCCUGAUUUCGUUGAUCAAGUGGAGAAGAUGGUUCCUGAUAAGACCACUAAGGUUCUCGUUGCUUGUGGAGAAGGUUUAAGGUCAAUGAUGGCUACGUCGAAGCUAUAUAAAAAUGGGUAUACGAAUUUGGGAUGGUUGGCUGGGGGAUUCAAUCGUGCUGUUGAAGGAGAUUUCCCGGAAGUUGAGGGGCCGGAGAAAUUACAGUAUGCCACCAUUGGAGGUGUUUCUUAUUUCUUCCUUAAGGUCCUUAUUUUGUUGCAAGCUGUUGGGAAGAAUGAGUAAAUUAUGUAUUGAGUUUUGAACAUAUAAGUCAAGUACCCAUGAAUCUAUUGAUUUCAUUCUUCAAA